AUGAAGUUCUUCGAUGCCGCCGUCACAUUCACUGCAGACCAGUUCCAAGGUAUCUACCGAGGAAAGCAAUAUCACGAACCAGAUUUUGCGGAAGUCCUGAAAAGAGCCCAAGACCAUGGAUGUGAAAAGAUCAUGCUCACCACCAUGACUCUGGAAGGUGCAAGACAGAACCUGCAGGUAGUGAGGAAGUUCCCUGCGAUGUGCAAAAUGACCUUGGGCGUGCAUCCGUACCAUGUCGCUGAGAUCUAUGAGCCAAAUUCACAAUAUCUCAACGAGCUGCGCGAGCUGGGUGAAACGCUUCUAGCCGAAAACCCCUCACCCCUAGCUGCGUUUGGGGAAAUCGGGUUGGACUACGAGUACCUGGAUCGAGCUGACAAGGAAACGCAGCAACGAGCGUUCCGCGAGCAAUUAGAGCUUGCCGUGCAAUUUCAACUACCGCUGUUCUUGCACGCUCGUGAAUCCACCGAAGACUUUAUCUCCAUCAUCAAGCCAUUUCUGCCAAGGCUGCCGCGUGGCGGGUUGGUGCAUUCUUUUGCGGGCACGAAGGGGGAGAUGCUCCAGCUCGUGGAACUGGGUCUGGAAAUUAGUGUCAACGGUAUCUCAUUCCGGACAGAUGAGCAGUUGGAAAUGGUUAGGCAUAUUCCAUUGGAGAAGCUACAACUGGAGACUGAUGCGCCGUGGUGCGAGGUCUUGUCUAAUGAUCCCAAAAUCGCGGCUUACCUGGAAACUGCGAAGCCUUUGCCGUCUAGUCGGAAACACAACAAGUUUAUACUGGGGCAAAUGGUCAAGACACGCAAUGAAAGUUGUUUUAUGGAGAGUGUGGGAUUAGUUGUGGCGGGUUUGAAGGGUGUUGCUGUGGAAGAAGUGGCUGAGGCUGCUUGGAAUAAUAGUAGUCGAAUGUUUUGGGUGUGA